ACAAUAUGGCCGCGUCAAUAGUACUCUUUGCCGAAUACAACAGCCGUGUCGUGUGAAACAAGGAAUAUUUAUAGCAAAUAUUCAUCUUUAAUUUAUUUGUUGUGAUAAAGUGCAGUGCAUUUGUGUUUGAUAAUAACCCCAGCGAGGAAAAACAGUCCAUAAAUUCGAAUAUAGUGAAAAUCUUUUUUUUCUUUCGAAUCGAGACGAUGCUUGCCGACAGUAAUAAUAUUUCUAAUGAGUCCGAGGGUGGAAAUAAAUAUAACAACAAUGAUAGUGCUAAAGAAUGUGCGGAAUAAACAGUGAUUGAGUGUCGUCGACGAAAUUUUUGUCAUUAGCUAGAUAUCGCUUUUAAGUUUUCGGGCCCGCAUCUUGAUUAAAAAGGAAGAUAAUCAUGAGUAAUUGGGCGAGGCGGAUGCACAGACGGGCGGCCACUUUAAGUAAUGUAGUUACUUCUUGCGGCCACCCGAAUUCGCUUCCUUACCCCAGGAGACUGGAAAAAGUGAAGUUUGGUGUUCCCUUACAUGAAGUGUGUAAAGACGAUAUUCCCGGACCUCUACUUGUGCUGAUAUUGAAGCUAAACAAAGAAGCGCCUCUACGUCGAGAUGUUUUCCGAGCUCCCGGACACCAGGGGGCCAUGAAGAAGCUGAUACACUUCCUGCAGACGGGCAGACUUGUGAACGUAGACAACUACUCCGUGUACACUAUUGCUAGUGUGCUGAAGAAAUUUCUUAGGAAAAUCCCCGGUGGUGUGUUCGGACGGGAAGGGGAGAUGCAACUGUUCACUGCGGUCGAGCUACCGCCUAACAAGCAGAUUGAAGCCAUAAAAAGGCUGCUGCUGUCGCUGCCGGUGUGCACGCAGCGGCUGCUGGUGCUGCUGUUUGGUACCUUCCGGGUGAUGGCCUCCAACGCAGACAAAGCCGGUACCGGUAUGACAUCAGAGGCGUUGGGCGUGUCGGUGGCUCCCUCCUUCUUCCACUCCUGCGUGUCGGACGGCAAGACAGCGACAAUGGAGGACGUUCAGCGUUUCAAGGCGGAGGUGUCAGUGGCGACGCGCAUAAUGCGUCAGCUGAUCGAGCAGUUCAGCGCGGGCGAUCUGUUCGGGCGAGAGAACUACGAGUACUACGCGCGCGUGACCGGCCGAGUGCUGAGGGUGCGCGACGAGUGGAUCUGCUCCUUCCGCGACCCCCCGCCGCCGCGACACCGCCGCGACCAGGAGGCGUAUGCCAAGCAACUGUCGCUGGAGGCUGAGAAGACGUGGCUGCAGUGCGAGUGUGACCGCUGGGGCAACAAGUACAACCUUGAGGGUUUAUCUAAGUCUGAGGAGUGUCAAUCGAUGCCGGCGCUGAUGGGGGCGGCGGGGGGCGCGGGUGCGGGGGCGGGGCUCGGCAUCAUCCCCGAGCACUCCCUACUCGACUCCUGCACGCGCCUGUCAAUCUCGCUCGAGGAGAGCGUCUUCAAGGUGUCAGUGAGCUCGUCGUCCCAGUCGUCUCGGUCCAACUCGAGCCCGCACAUGACGCUGGACGAACUGCGAGCGAUCAACAAGUACGCUGAGAGUACUAAGAGCCUCUCCUACUUGCCCCAGAAGCUACUGCAGCAUGACCUGGACAUAUCGUCGCCGGUUUCCGACGAGGAACUGGAGCGGUCUGUGCGCCAGGUGCUGCGGUACAGCGUGAAGACCAACCGGGUCAUGUUCCGAAACCAGCUGUAUGCUGGUACCGACGUGUAUGGCCUGGCUGGGGCCUGGCUCGCCGAGGCCUUCAACACUAGCCAGUAUACCUUCGAAGUGGCACCCGUCUUCUCUCUUAUAGAGUCCAAGAUCAUAGCCCAUGUUUUGGAUCUGUUUGGUAUACCCGAGGGUGAUGGGGUCUUCAGCCCUGGAGGCAGUAUCUCCAUCUUCUACGCCCUGGUGGCAGCCAGGUAUAAGGCCUUUCCGGAAGUCAAGACGAAAGGCGUGAAGAGUCUACCGGAUAUGGUGAUAUUCACUUCGGAGGAUAGCCACUACUCAAUCAAGAAAGGCGCUCACUGGCUGGGCUUUGGCACGGACAACAUUAGGACCAUAAGAACCAGCGAUAGCGGACAGAUGCUGGUCCCUGACCUUGAGCUGGCCAUCCAGGAGGAGUUGAGGAGUAACAAACAUCCCAUCAUGGUGAACGCCACCGCUGGUACCACUGUCCUUGGUGCCAUAGAUGACUUGGAUGCUAUUGCUGGUGUCUGCAAGAAGUACGGGAUUUGGAUGCAUGUUGAUGCUUGUUGGGGAGGCAGUCUUAUAUUAUCCGAAAAACUAAAACACAGACUUAAAGGAAUUGAAAGGGCGGACACCAUCUCGUGGAAUCCCCACAAAAUGGCGGGUGCUCCGCUCCAGUGCUCGCUCUUCCUGCUGCGGAAGGGGGGGCUGCUGCACCGGGCCAACUGCUCCGCGGCGCAGUACCUCUUCCAGCAGGACAAGUUCUACGACGUCAGCUACGACACGGGCGACAAGAGCGUGCAGUGCGGGAGAAAAAUAGACGCCUUCAAGCUCUGGGUGAUGUGGAAGGCCAGAGGUGACGCUGGCUUUGGGAAGCUCAUGGAUCACACGAUGGACAUGGCUGAGUUUGCCCUGGAGACGUUAGUCAGUAGACCUGGGUUCCAGCUGGUGACCAGCAGAAUCCAAUGCCCCAACGUCUGCUUCUGGUAUAUACCACGCUUUAUGAGGGAGAGGGAACGAGAUGGAAACUGGUGGGAUUUGAUGCAUAAGGUAACGCCAAAGAUAAAGGAACUGCUGACGCUGAACUCCCGUCUCCUCAUCUCGUACUCUCCGGUCAGACAGUACAGGAACUUCUUCCGUCUGGCUCUCACAUUCCACCCCCGCGUGCAGAAGGAGAACAUCCUAGAUAUACUGCAGGCGGUAGAGGAGUGCGGAGAAAUGAUUAGGGAGACUGAAUUAUGAUGCAAUAUAAUGGUAUACUUUGUCGA